GGUGUUUACAAAGUUAUUUCCCUUCCAUGAAAUUGACCUCAAUUAUCUCAUCGAUCUUGUGAUCUGUCAAUUAUUUAUUUACAGGGAUUUCGGAAGCUUUUAAACAUCAAUAUAUAUAUGUUUGUUGAGAAGUAAAUCAAGCACAGAAGGUAACCAUGACCACAAAGAAACCAACUAAGUUGCACAUUGGGGAAGAAGACCUUAAGUGUAAGAAUGGAUGUGGUUUCUAUGGUAACCAGUUAUGGCAAGGUUACUGUUCUAUCUGUUAUAGACAAGUGUGUCAGAAGGAGCAUGCUCAUCAGCAACAAGAUGCCCGAAAACAGAAAAUGUCUCCAGAGGGCUCAGACAAACCUCCAUUGUUCUCAAAGUUUGCUGAGAAAAAGACCCAGCAUAUCAACAAGAGGGCUCACACGCUGAAGUCUGUUUUCAGGAAAACACCAACCAAAGAAUCGCUCCCAGAGAUGAAGCCCCGAAAGGAACGCCAAGUGAACAAGGAGACACAGCAAGUGAAAGGAGAGCUGAUGGAAUUCUUGAAAAGAUUUAAACGUCAAGUUGCGCAGGACUUUGUAAAGGUAGUUCAAGAGCUUGUAGACAAGUUAUACCAGAAUGUUGAUGCACCAGUAGAUGAUUUAACAGAUCUGGUCCAGGAAUUCUACAUUAAGCUGGGAAAACGUAUGGAUACACAUACUAUGUAUAAAGAUGUAUCACAAGAGGACAUUGAGACGCUUCUAGAUUUUGCUGAAAAAUAUGUCACAAUUAAGAUGUACACGUCUUUGUUCUGUCCACCGACCACGGACGAUGAACAGAAAGACCUUCAGAUUCAGACCCAGAUACGAAGUCUUCACUGGGUCACAGGUCAACAGCUCGACACCAUGAUAAACGAGCACGAAACAGAAGUCAGAACUCUAGUCGACUUAGCAAUUACUGGUAAAAACUUACAGGUUUUAGAUUUGCAUCGAGAAUCAACUAAAAAAGCACCUCAAGACAACUCAUGUAUAGUAAUUACAAAUUGUAAAAUAUAUUUGAAAUUACCAAUCAAGAGACCACUUGCCUGAGAUUUCUACAUGCACUAUGUACAUCUUCAAAUUGCAUAACCCACCUUCAUUCAGUCGAAUAUACAGUUUAUUACAAGAUUUUCCUGUCCAAGUAGACUGAUGAAGGGAGAAGCUGGUUACAUCUUCACAAACUUGUGCUGUGCUGUGCAGUUUAUAGAAAAUAUAACAGCCGACUCAUUGGCACUGACUCAACAUGAGUUUGACCGAUACAUGUCCGGUGAGGCCAUUCCACCACAAUCUGGGAACGAAUACAUGUGUGAAGGUCUCCGACUGAUGUAUGACAAUCUUAAAACCUUAGCUGAGCUGCGUCAACGACAGGAAAAAGUCAUGGCUGAAGCGUUACAGUUACAGCAGGAUAUGAAAGACUUUAAAGAAAAUUUUAAACAAGAAGUUCAAAAUGUGCUAGAACGUACACCAUUGACAAUCAAACCAAGGAAAGUUAAAGUAGAUUUAGACGAAGACUCUGAAAGUCUCGACUUGUUACCGUCACCUCUGUUGCCAUUGUCAGUGGAUAAUGUUGCUAUGGAAACAAGAAAUGAAUCCGAAGCAGACUGUGUCAUGGAAGCUGAUAACAGUAUCAGUGAACCAGUCCAGACAACUUGAAUAGUUAUAUUAAGAUUUUUUGGGGUUUUGCUUUAGUCAACAACAAAAAAUGGCACAAAGUCUUGGUGGACCAAUUCUUACUAACUUACAGGAUCUUGCACGGUCAUUUGGUGGUUUGUUUUAUUAUGGGGAGGUGCAGUAUUACAAAUUGGUGACUUGCUUUAAACUUUAUUAGACCUGGAGAUUAGUGCAGUGUAUUUUUUUUUCCAUUUUUGGCUGCAGAGUAACUGUGUAGUGGUUUAAAAUUUUGUAGUAUUUAAGAUGUCAUUUGGAAACGUGUUCUCAUAUAUCAUAAACAACUGAAGCCUGCGAUUGCGUACAGUUUGAUAUUCAAAAAGGUAAAAUUAUAACUAAAAUGACUUUCAAAAUUACCUUCUUAAUUAUUUAAACAGCUUCAUCUGUAUUUGUUUUCAAUAACUUGAUGAAGUUUUGUUUAAAUCUGUUAAAUACAUGUAUGACCAGUGCAGUCAAACCACUCUACAACCUUCAGGAGAGUCAGAAAGUAGUCUUUAUUUGAUUUUCAUGUUAAUGUUAAACAGUGCCAAAGUCUAAAUUGGCACUACAAGAAGUGGUCAUUAGAGUCAGGUGGCAUCUGUUCAUAGUUGAGAUCUCUAUUCACAGGUUGGCUUUAGCACAGGUUCGAGAAUACCUUUUUUGAACAUUUUGCAGGGUGACAGAAAAAUGUUGUAUGAGCAUAAUAAAUGUAAACAGAUUCAAAGCUUUGCUAUCAACCCUAGAUUUCUUGUGUUUGAUAGUAAGACCUACUUACCUGUAUAAAUUGUUAGAGAAUUAUCACAUUUUAUUAUCAUGAUCUCAUUUUGUGUAUCUUUUAAGUGUAUCAUUUCAAAACAGGUUAUCUGGCUUUAAAGGUGGUUAACUUGGUUUUGGUUAUUUAAUAAAUUUAAAACUUUCAUGAAUGGUUUGCAGUUACUCAGCAUGACCAUUUAGCUGAAUAGGGAGAGAGCGUAGAUCUAGGAAUAGUGGGGAUAUGAGUUUACUUUCUGGGCGUGGCUUAUAUUUUCUGUUACGAUUUAAUAGAAGAUGUUGAGUCUGAAAUCAUUCAUUCUCCAUAUCUGAUUCAUGUGGAGAAGUUGGCAGUUACUUGCGGAGAAUAGGUUAGUACUGGUAGAGACUCAAGGAAUACAGGUUAUAUUAAUUGCCCGCCAUUACAGAACUAAAAAUCUGUAAAAAAAAAAUGGUGCUUAACCAAAAAAAACAACAUUUGCGCAUAAUCAUAUUCAGUGAGCUUUUUGUAUGUGUUAGAUAUUCACUGGAUAUUUUCAAAAUUUGAUUUUUCUAGCCAUGUUGCGAAGAAAUAUUUUUCACCUCAAAUGGAGGUAAUUACAAAAUUAUUUAAAAAACACAAGAAAAUAUAUUUCUGUUACUAAUUUAUCUAGCACUAUGAAAUGGAACUUAUUUAUAGAAAAUUAACAAAUGGUAUUUCACAUUUUGAAAAUUUUAUGUGUUGCAAACAAUGAAAAAGAGAAGAUUAGUUUUGAUAAUUGUCAUACGUGAGGACACUACAGUAGUGAUUUCCAGCAUUGAUUUUAUUUAUAGAGGUUAGUUAAUGUCUAUUUAUAAUUUUAGUCUUCUGGUGAAACGUGUAUAUAGAUAUAGGGUAUCUUAGAUAUAGUCUGUCGGGCCAUCCCUAAAAAAUGUUUGUUGUGCUGUGAUUCACAAUUUUUAAAGGUGGUUAGAUUUUUUUCAUCAUUUUUUUUUUUAGUUUAUUCAGUAAAGCUCUGAUGAAAAAUUUAGACAGAGCAAAUUAAGUUACAUUAGGGCUUAUGAAAAAAUUCAUAUAUUUUACAUUAUUUUCAAAAGUUUGUUUAAUUUCAGCAGAGGGUAUUCUGACUGAACAAUGGGAAUAGGAUAUUUAAAAAAAAGAUUUGAUUACUUUUUUUGGCACAGAUAGAGUGGAAGGAGCAUGACAAACAAAAAUAUUUUAAAGGAUGGCAUUAUGUCUAGAUUUUUCUUCUUUCAAGUUACAGCAAGGGAGUUUGACUAGGAUGUUUUUAAUUUCACAUUUGGUUGCAUAAUAUGUUUUCUUUACUAGGACCUGUUACUGUUCUAGAGUUUGAUUGUAGAAUGAUAGGGAGACCAUUAGUGUUAGGAGAAGUUGUCAGUUACUUGUGGAGAACAGGUUUGUACUGGUACAGAAUCCAGGAACACAGGUUAGGUUAACUGCCUGCCGUUACGUAACUGAAAUACUGUUGAAAAACAACGCUAAACCCAAAACA